AUGUCCGACUGGGAGUUGCCGUCGGAAAUCGUACUCGCAGACCCGAAAUUCCAUGAACCGACUUCCAUUGAUAUGAUUAUUGGAAUGGAAGUAUACUACGAGCUGCUGCUAGAAGGUUUCGUGAAGCUUGGACCAGGGAAGCCGGUGUUGCAGAAAACUAUGCUAGGUUGGGUAGUCUCCGGAAAAGGUGGUCUACUUCAGUCAUCGAACCCAUCCAUCGUCGCUCAUGUCUGCAGCACACAAUCUUUGGAAAGUCAGCUAGCGAAAUUCUGGGAGAUAGAAUCGUGUGAGUCUUCCAGCACGAUGUCCGUCGAAGAGUCCGCAUGUGAAGCACACUUCGCUGCAACCUCUACCAGAGACGAGGAUGGUCGAUUUGUUGUAUCGUUACCGAAGAAUCCCGAGGUGUUGCAGCAACUCGGCCAGUCUUACCAUAUCGCUAAACGUCGACUUCAACAACUAAGUCGUCGAUUAGAAGCCAAUCCUUCGCUCAAAUCAGCUUAUUCAGCAUUUCUUGAAGAAUACAGCCAAUUGGGACAUAUGGAGGAAGUGUUUUAUGAUCCAGCGAGUACCGUAGUGACCUACUUUCUACCACACCACUGCGUAGUUCGUCCAGAUAGCCUCACCACUCAACUCCGAGUGGUCUUCAACGCAUCUUGUGGCACAGACACAGGCAUUUCGCUAAAUGACGUACUGAUGGUGGGUCCGGUAGUGCAGGAUGACCUCGUCUGCAUUACUCUUCGUUUCCGUCUGCCAAUGUAUGCCAUCAUCUCCGACAUUGAAAAAAUGUAUCGUCAAAUCUGGACGGACGUCGUAGACCGACCUCUUCAAGAAAUUCUAUGGCAAGAUGGACCCGAUGAACCGAUUCGUGUCUUUCAGCUUAAGACGGUGACAUACGAAACAUCCUCGGCACCGUAUCUAGCAACCAAGUGCCUUCAAGAACUUGCUACGCAAGACCAGUCUUCCUAUCCUGCUGCAGCCAAGGUCCUCGCCAAGGAUUUUUACAUGGACGAUAUGAUGAGCGGAGUCAACGAUGAAGACGAAGGGAAAUUGCUAUGCACUCAGCUCCGUGAGUUGCUGCAAUCUGCCGGAUUCCGCCUUCGUAAAUGGUCGUCGAAUUCCCCAAAAAUUCUGGAAAGUAUUCCCGUUGAACUUCGUGACGAGCGCACCGUACUCAAUCUCGAUUCCACCUCAUCUGUUAAAACGCUGGGGCUUAAGUGGACCCCUGCUUCCGACGAACUCGGUUUCCAUGUACCUACAUGGAACGAUGAUGCUGUCAUAACCAAACGUAAAGCACUCUCCGAUUCCGCAUGUCUCUACGAUCCUCUAGGUCUUGUAGGCCCUGUCAUCGUACUCGCCAAGUGCUUUAUCCAAGAGCUGUGGGAGAACAAGAAGACGUGGGACGAACCGUUAGAAGAAGAACUUCAGCAGCGUUGGCUUCAAUUCCGGAGUGAACUGGUCGCUGUGAAAACCAUCGCUGUUCCGCGGCGAGUCAUAUCGAUUUGCCAACCUAUCGUCAUCGAAUUACACGGCUUCAGCGACGCAUCACUACGGGCAUAUGGAGCCUGUAUAUAUCUGCGUGCGGUAUCUCCCAGUGGGGAAAUCUUUGUAAAUCUCCUCACCUCGAAAUCGAAAGUUGCUCCCUUGGGAACCAGCAAGAAGCAGAAGAAAGUCAGCCUUCCACGUCUAGAACUCUCCGGUGCUUUGCUAUUAAGUCACCUCUUCCGGAAGGUACAGAAAAGCCUGAAUUUGGAUCUCAAGCAAUUUGUCUGGGUUGACUCAACCAUUGUGCUACACUGGUUGGCCGCUACUCCGUCACGCUGGAAACCUUUCAUAGCUAAUAGAGUCUCCGAAAUCCAACACUUGACAACACAAGGAAUUUGGGGACACGUAUCUGGCUUAGAAAACCCCGCGGACAUAAUUUCGCGAGGAAUGCCCCCCUCUCAACUGGCAGAAACUGAUCUCUGGUGGCAUGGCCCUUCCUGGCUUCAACAAACUUCCAGGUUCUGGCUGUCGCAUAUACGUACAACCGACGACGACUUCCGCACCGAGGAUCUUGAGUAUCGAUCUGUAGCUCUUCCAGUCCAGAGUCAACCACUAAACCCAAUCAUCUGUCUGCGAUCGUCGUUCCCAGCCCUAGUACGUCUAGUGGCUCUUCUCCGAAGAUUCGUCCACAACUGUAAGUGUGCCAACCGGCAGGAUCGAAACACCGGAUUCAUCGAAUCAUCUGAACUUCAUCAAGCCACGAACAAUCUCGUCCGUAUCGCACAGUCCGAAUCGUUCCAGGACGAUCUCAAAGCUCUCCGCACCGGUGGGCAAGUCAAGCCAAACUCGAAGCUAAAAGCUCUGAACCCACGUCUCAUCGAUGGCAUCCUGCGCAUCGGUGGCCGGCUUCGAAACGCGCCUGUUUCCGAAGACCGGAAGCAUCCGAUUAUUCUCGCCAUCCGCUGA